AUGGGAUCUUGGAGCCAGCCCGCUGCGACCCCACACAGCUGUAGUCCUGGGCAUUUUAGGAAGAAUGGGCCACUGGAAAGGAACAGUCUUCACGGGGCUCUCGCUGGGAUCGUUCCCAGCCUAGAUUGGAAGCCAGAUUUUACAGAGAGCCGGGUUGUCGGGGUGUGCCAGGCAGAGUUAGAAGCUCAGAAGGCUGACGUUGGGUUUGCCCACACUUGGCCCUCACACUGCUGCCUUCUGCUCUUCGUCGCCUCUGCGUCCGCGGCCGAAGGGCUCGGAAAGGGUUUUGGGGAUCACAUUCACUGGAGAACACUAGAAGAUGGGAAGAAAGAGGCUGCUGCCAGUGGGCUACCCCUGAUGGUCAUCAUCCAUAAGUCCUGGUGUGGCACCUGCAAAGCCUUAAAGCCCUUGUUUGCAGAGUCUAAGGAGAUCUUAGAACUUGCCCACAAUUUUAUUAUGGUCAAUCUUGAGGAUGAAGAAGAACCCAAGGAUGAAACCUUUAGUCCCGAUGAUGGUUAUAUUCCAAGAAUCCUUUUCCUGGAUCCCAGUGGCCAGGUCUGCCCCAAAAUCAUCAACGAGAAAGGGAACCCCAGCUACAAGUACUUCUACAUUAAUGCUGAGCAGGUGGUGGAGGGGAUGAAGGAAGCCCAGGAAAAGCUGAGGGGGGACUCCUUCUGGAAGAUGAGCUGUGAUGGGGCUGGGAGUUCACCCCUUCCUGCACCGAAAUUAAAGUGUGGGGAGGAAUCUUCUCAUGGAAAAUACCAAGCAAUACAGCUUGCACUGGAGUGCAGGACCUGCCCUUCUGGGAAAGGGCUCUGUCCUCUUGAGAAAAUCCUCCCCUCCUUCCCUACCACCUUUCCACUGAUUUGCGUGUUUGCUGGUCACUGUUUGGGCUGAGAAUGGGCAUUGGGUUGCCUUGUGGACGAGCCCUCGCCACUCGUGUGUGGCCGCUCAGCUUCUUAUCCCUUCUGGCCUGUCCUCCACACCUGACUCACAAGGGCAUUGAAAGUGUGGGCAGGAACAUCGGCCUUGAGCA